AGUCCAUUGACUUUCAAGGAUGUGGCCAUCAGUUUCUCCAAGGAGGAAUGGGAAUGUCUGGACACAGCUCAGAAAAAUUUAUUCAGAGAGGUCAUGUUGGAGAACUACAGCAACCUAGUUUCUCUCCUUACUCCUGGCUCUCAGAAAAUUCUACAAGAAAUCUGCCUUAGCCUCUAA